AAAUUUUGUUUUAUUUUAAAUUUUUAAUUUUAUUUCAUACGAUUAAAAAAUAAUAAAAACAUUUUUCAUCAAAAUGAAUGAUCCAAAUAAAAAAAUAGAUGUAAAUCUAUCAUCUCUAAUGAGCCUUAAAGCUGAACUACUUCGUAAACAGGCUGAAGUAAGUAAAGUCAAAGCAACCAGAUCCACCACAGAAACCAUCAUCAUUCCAAACAAAGCUAAAACUUAUAAAAAAGAUACAAUAACCGAGCUUGAAAAAGAUAAAAAAGAUUCACCCAAAGUCUAUGAAAUAGAAGACACUGCUUUACUUGAAAAAUCAAGAAAAGUUCUUGAAGCCAAAUCGAAAUUUUACGACAAAAUGACAAAAAUGGGUGGUCAAUUAAAUUCCGAUGACAAUUGUCUUGUUUUAUUUAAUCGUAAGAAACAAGAAGAUCCAAGACCGUUAGAAAGAAAAGCCUACUCCUCAUCUGACGAUUCUGAAUCUGAUCAAGAUCAUGGUCAUGUCGAUGAAGAGUCAGUCGAUCCCGAUGAGGAAUGGGUUGAAUAUACAGAUUGUUUAGGAAGAACUAGAAAAUGUAUGCGAGGUGAUCUCGAAUCAAUUAAGAAAAAAGACACCGAGUUGGCGGCUAGUAUUCCCGAACGCUUGGAUCAAAGUCAACCAAAUUGGAUGAUUGAUGUUGUUGGUAAUAAAAAAACAACAACAGAAGAAUCUGAAGCACCUGCGUCGGUUUUAGGCGAUGGUGCUUCGAUAAUGUCGAAGCAUGAUGAAAUGAGAAAUAAUUGGGAGAAGAAAGAGAUUGAGAAUGUUACCAAAGAAAAUGUUCACUAUCAAGAUGUAUUUUUUGAUGAAGCUCGUCAACAUGGUGUUGGUUAUUAUGCAUUUUCGACGGACGAAGAGGAGAGAGCUCGUCAGCAGAAGGAAUUGGAAGAGACUAGAAAAAAGACACUCAACGAACAGGCAAACAAGGAAGCUCAACGCAAUUAUCGUGAGAAAAUCAUUGCCGAGCGAGUUAAAGCGGCGAAAAAUAGGCAAAGAGCUCGACUUGGUUUACCUCCACUCGAAGAUGAAGAAAUUGAAGAUAAACCAGCAAAAGAAACGAAAGAAGAGCGUAAACAACGCAAGAAAGAAGAAAAACAGAAACGUCGAAAGGAGAAGGAGGAACAAAUACGCGAAGAAGAACGACAGAGUCAUAUUCGUCCUUGGGAUAGAGAGAAGGCAAAUGGACAUUCAGAGACGUCUGAAGAAGAACCAAUUGUUGAUCAACCAUGGGCUUAUAGGCCAGAUCGUGAACCUAUGUCACAAGAGGAAUGGAAUGAGAAGAAGCGAACUGAAAGAAAUCCCGAAUUCGCGCCAAGUGCAGAGGAACCACGCAGAAAGAUGAAAUAUAGAGAGAAACCUAGUUCAGCAGGAAUGGGUCCUGAGCCUAAAAUGUCAAGAACUAGCUUUAAAGCUGAUGACUCAAUGUAUAACAUGCCACCUCCACCACCACCAACACACAAUCCAUUUGCCAACUCUAGUUUUGCACCGUUUCAAUCAACAAAGAAAAGCAACAACUUCGUCAGGAAGAAUUACACUGGUUUUGAUAAUGAAGAUAAGGAAGAGGCUGUAGAUAUUCGACGAGGUGCUGAAAUACCACCACCAAGAGAUUUGGAUCCUGAACCCUAUGUUAGAUCGCGACAAACUAGCGAUGGUUUAGAGAGUUCUAUUGAAGCUGGUCUUAAAUUCCUGCGAAAUAACUUUGAUAAGAACACACUGUCGAAUAAGUCAAGUUGGACUGCAAGGUCUGAUUAUUGAAAAAGCUUUCAGGGAUUACAAAUAAAAUUUUUCUUUAAGAUUA